CGGCUGUGCUGGGCACCGGAGAGCGGAGCUGGGGACAGGGCCGGGGCGGCCGGGCCUGAGGGUGCCCAGGCAGCACCUUGGGGAAACUGCUGCAGGCCCAGCAUCCCGUUCUGGUGAGCGCACGGGCCUGGGAUCCUGCACGGAGUCAGCGGCUGCUGCCGUGUCCCGCCACGCUGGGGCCGCGCAGGCAUUGUCUCUGAAGAGAGCGCCUGACGGCGAGAGGGCAGCGGGGGCUCGGGCUGCGCGUGGGGACUGCAGCGUGUGUGUGGAGCGCAGCUGACUGUUCUGAUCCGGUGCUGCAGAGCCAGGCAUGGGAAACAGCCUCUUUGCAAACUGCUGCAGGCAAGUCACCGAUCUCCUCUUCCAGCCACGCAGCUCUGGCUCACCCAAUGAGAGGUCGCCUCUCUUGCCAAAGUCUCCCACAAGCUGCAGUGUCGUCCCGGAGAUGCCAGAAGCUGCCCAAUGUGCUGGGCUGUAUCCAGACAUCAUCCCCAGUGAGGCGGUGACUGGAAGCCUGCAGAAGGGCACUGGAUACAUCCAAGACCUCUCUGAGACCAAGGACAAAGAAGGAAUGAUGACAGUUUGUGAUAAGAGCGGUUCAAGACCUGGUGUUGGCACGGUUGGCCUGCUCCAGCGGACAGAGGCAUCCCAUGCAGUGACUGUCCUUCCAGCCGACCUUGGGGACAGGCCGGCAGGGCUGGUUGAUCAUGCUCAGUCACUUGAGGCCUGCCAGAGCUGUGUGAAACUUGAGGACAGCGGCUUAGCCCACAGAUGGUGCCGCCGGGAGGAGCACGUGGCAGCAGCUGACAGCAGAGCGGGCCCUGGAGCGCAUUCCGCCGGCCAGGGCCAGGGGCGAGCGGCCGUGCGCCCGCGCGCAGCCUUGGUGCCUCCGGACAGCGUGCUCGAGUGCAGAGCUCCUGCUCCCUCCCCAGGGAGCCCUGGCACACCCUCCUCUGCUCUGCCAGCCCGGGCAGAGAAAGCCCUGCCAGCUCAAACUGCACUUGUGCUGCCUGUUCCCCCUGGUGAGGUGUCACCUGAGGCUCAGAACACAAGUGCUGGUUCUGUGACAGAGCCUACUGCCUGCCCCAGCAGAAGGUCGAGCUCCGAUACUGAUUCCCAGGCCCACGUUCUGCCCUCAAAGCAGCAGCAGAAGAAGAAGAGGAAGAAAAAGAAGCUUCCUCUCCCAGAGCACCCGUCUGGCGUGGCACUGAUGAAUGGCAGCGGCCCGCAUGACAGCCUCAAGGGCGACAAGGAUGCCAAGCAGAAUGGCCACGAGGAGGCUGAGCCGGGAGAAGAUGGGAACGACCAGGAGGUCAUCGUCAUACAGGACACGGGAUUCACUGUCAAGAUCUGUGCACCAGGGAUAGAGCCCUUUUCCCUGCAGGUUUCUCCUCAAGAGAUGGUGCAAGAAAUCCAUCAAGUUUUGAUGGACCGGGAGGAUACCUGCCAUCGGACCUGCUUCUCCCUGCAGCUGGAUGGCAACGUCCUGGAUAACUUUGCUGAGCUGAAGACGAUUGAAGGACUGCAGGAGGGCUCACUGCUGAAAGUGGUGGAAGAGCCAUACACGGUGCGAGAAGCCAGGAUACACGUGCGCCACAUUCGGGACCUUCUGAAGAGUCUUGACCCAUCAGAUGCUUUCAAUGGUGUGGACUGUAACUCAUUGUCCUUCCUGAGUGUCUUCACUGAAGGAGACCUGGGAGACAGUGGAAAAAGGAAGAAGAAAGGUACCGAAAUGGAACAAAUUGACUGCACCCCUCCUGAACAUAUCCUGCCAGGUAGCAAAGAGAGGCCCCUGUGUGCCCUUCAGCCCCAGAACAGAGACUGGAAGCCUUUGCAGUGCCUGAAGGUACUGACGAUGAGUGGCUGGAACCCUCCGCCCGGGAACCGCAAGAUGCACGGGGACCUCAUGUAUCUGUACGUGAUCACAGUGGAGGAUCGGCACGUCAGCAUCACUGCCUCCACGCGGGGAUUCUACUUGAAUCAGUCUACUGCAUACAACUUCAAUCCCAAACCUGCAAACCCUAGUUUUCUCAGUCAUUCCUUGGUGGAACUACUUAACCAGAUCAGCCCUACCUUCAAAAAAAACUUCUCUGCUCUGCAGAAGAAACGGGUUCAGAGACACCCCUUUGAGAGGAUAGCCACUCCUUUCCAAGUGUACAGCUGGACGGCCCCGCAGGCAGAGCACGCCAUGGACUGUGUCCGGGCAGAGGACGCCUACACCUCCAGGCUGGGCUACGAGGAGCACAUACCUGGACAGACUAGAGACUGGAAUGAGGAGCUGCAGACCACACGGGAGCUGCCACGCAAGAACCUGCCUGAGAGGCUGCUGAGAGAACGAGCCAUUUUCAAGGUUCACAGUGACUUCACUGCAGCAGCAACACGAGGUGCUAUGGCUGUCAUUGAUGGCAAUGUCAUGGCCAUCAACCCCAGCGAGGAGACCAAGAUGCAGAUGUUCAUCUGGAACAACAUUUUCUUCAGCCUGGGCUUUGACGUCCGUGACCACUACAAGGACUUUGGUGGAGACGUUGCUGCUUACGUGGCUCCCACCAAUGAUCUCAACGGUGUGCGGACCUACAACGCUGUGGAUGUGGAAGGGCUGUACACGCUGGGGACUGUCGUGGUGGAUUACAGAGGUUACAGGGUGACGGCUCAGUCUAUUAUCCCUGGCAUCUUGGAGCGGGAGCAGGAACAGAGUGUCAUCUAUGGGUCAAUAGACUUUGGCAAGACAGUUGUGUCACACCCCAAGUACCUGGAGCUGCUGGAGAAGACCAGCAGGCCGCUGAAGAUCCAGAAGCACAAAGUUCUCAAUGACAAGAAUGAGGAGGUGGAGCUGUGCUCCUCAGUAGAGUGCAAAGGCAUUAUUGGCAACGAUGGGCGUCACUACAUCCUGGACCUGCUACGCACUUUCCCUCCAGAUCUAAACUUCCUGCCUGUUGAAGGGGAGGAGAUGCCAGAGGAAUGUAAGAAAAUGGGGUUCCCCAAGCAGCACAGACACAAGCUUUGCUGUCUUCGUCAAGAGCUUGUUGAUGCCUUUGUAGAACACAGGUAUCUCUUAUUCAUGAAGCUGGCUGCACUGCAGCUGAUGCAGCAGAAAGCCAACAAGCAGGAGAGCUCAGCUGCGCUGGAAAAUGGAGCCUCUGCAGAGAAUGGUGCUGCAGACAGCGAGAGGCCCGAGUCAGAGGAUGGGAAAAUGGAGGACGGCGUGACUGGGCUGGAUCAGGUGAAGGAGCUGGCGGAGACCAUCGCGUCCGACGAUGGAACAGUGGAUCCCAAAAGCAGAGAAGUGAUUCGGAAUGCUUGCAAGGCUGUAGGCUCCAUUAGUGACACAUCAUUUGAUAUUCGGUUUAACCCAGAUAUUUUCUCACCAGGUGUUCGCUUCCCGGAGUCGAGCAGAGAGGAGGUGCAGGAUCAGAAGCAGCUGCUGAAGGACGCUGCUGCGUUCCUGCUGUCCUGCCAGAUCCCAGGCUUGGUGAAGGACUGCCUGGAUCACACGGUGCUCCCCAUGGAUGGGGCCACCUUGGCUGAGGCCAUGCACCAGAGGGGCAUCAACAUGCGUUACCUGGGCAAGGUGAUCAACUUCAUCACCAAGACCCCUGGCCAUGCACAGCUGGAUCACAUCUUUAAAAUUGGAAUCAGUGAAUUGAUCACUCGAUCAGCCAAACACAUCUUCAAGACGUACCUCCAGGGUGUGGAGCUGUCAGGUUUAUCUGCUGCCAUCAGUCACUUCCUGAAUUGUUUUCUGAGCUCCUUCCCAAAUCCCAUUGCCCAUCUUCCAGCUGAUGAGCUGGUCUCCAAGAAGAGGAACAAGAAACGGAAAAACAGGAACCUUGGCAAUGCUGAUAACACUGCCUGGGCAAGCAUGACCCCUCAGGAGCUAUGGAAGAAUAUUUGUUCAGAAGCAAAGAACUAUUUUGAUUUCAGUCUUGAAUGUGAGAAUGCUGACCAAGCAGCUGAAGUGUAUAAUCUACAGAAAAUCACCCUGCUCCGUGAAAUCUCCCUCAAAACUGGAGUCCAGAUCCUGCUGAAGGAGUACAACUUCGACAACAGGCACAAGCCCACUUUCACAGAAGAGGAUAUUCUUAACAUCUUCCCUGUAGUGAAGCAUGUAAACCCCAAAGCCUCCGAUGCUUUCCACUUCUUCCAGAGCGGGCAAGCAAAAGUUCAGCAAGGUUUCUUGAAGGAGGGCUGUGAGCUCAUCAAUGAAGCCUUAAACCUGUUCAACAAUGUGUAUGGUGCUAUGCAUGUAGAAAUCUGUGCCUGCCUGAGGCUGCUAGCUCGGCUCAACUAUAUCAUGGGAGAUUACUCAGAGGCCUUAAGCAAUCAGCAGAAAGCGGUGCUAAUGAGUGAGAGGGUCCUGGGCAUCGAACACCCCAACACCAUCCAAGAAUAUAUGCACCUGGCUCUGUACUGCUUUGCAAACAGCCAACUCUCCACAGCACUGAACCUGCUGUACCGUGCACGCUACCUCAUGCUGUUGGUAUUUGGGGAGGAUCACCCAGAAAUGGCACUCUUAGAUAACAACAUUGGCCUGGUGCUCCAUGGGGUCAUGGAGUAUGACCUGUCGCUGCGGUUCCUGGAGAAUGCCUUGGCCAUCAGCUCCAAGUACCACGGCUCCAAGUCUCUGAAGGUUGCACUGAGCCACCACCUGGUUGCCCGAGUGUACGAGAGCAAAGCAGAGUUCCGGUCGGCUCUGCAGCAUGAGAAGGAAGGCUACACCAUCUACAAGAAUCAGCUCGGUGAACACCAUGAAAAGACCAAAGAGAGCUCUGAGUACUUGAAAUACCUGACACAGCAAGCGGUGGCUCUGCAGCGCACAAUGAACGAGAUCUACAAGAACGGCUCCAAUGCCAACAUCAUGCCCCUGAAGUUCACAGCUCCCAGUAUGGCCAGUGUCCUGGAGCAGCUGAACAUUAUCAAUGGAAUUCUCUUCAUUCCACUAAGCCAAAAAGACUUGGAGAACCUUAAAGCCGAGGUGCAGCGACGCCAGCAGCUCCAGGAAAGCAUGAAAAGUGGGGAACAGCUGGAAGCAGAGGACAAAGCUGUGGAGGAGAAAGAGGCUGAGCCGAGCAUGCCUUCUGCUGCCAUCCCCUUAACACAGAGCUCUGCUUAACGUGUACCUCGCUUUAAAAAAAAAAGUUUAAACCACCCUUUUCUGAAUCUGGCCCAGGGCCUUAGCCGCCCUCGGAGCAGCUCCUCCUUUUUGACAAUGUUAUUGCACUGGUACAAUUAAUACACAAUGCAAAGAACUAA